GAACUGCGCUGGGCCGGGCCGGGCAGGCACAGCUCCGGGGGCCAUGGGGGGCCGGCGCCCCGCGCCUUCUCGCGCCGCUCCCCUCUCAGCCUCGCCUGGGCCGCGGCGCCCCCCCGCCUCUCUCCGUUGAGUGUCCCGGGCCUCGUCCCGCCUCCCGUCCAGUCCGCGGGAGCGGGGGAUCCAUCCGGUCGCGACCCCACGUGCGCGGCCUGACCGGCGCCGCCGCCGCUCCCGCCGGCCGGGCGGACAAAGGGAGCGGCCUCGGUCUGGCGCGAGCUGCGGGCCCGGCCUGGGGAGGCGGGGAGCGGCUCGCCCGGGCGGCUUCUGCGACGGCCGCGGGAGGAGCGCCCCUUCUCGCCUCUGACGGGCCUUCCCCACGGUUGCAGCGGGAGCCCCUCGCUCCUGCUGGCGCGCUGAGCCGGGCCGCCGCCGGGCCCCGUCCGCGAGAUGAGCACGCAGGAGAAAGGCUUCCCGCUGGACCUCGGGGGCGGCUUCACCGAGGACGCGCCCAGGCCCCCGGUCCCCGGGGAAGAGGGCGACCUCGUUUCCGCGGACCCGCGGACCCCCGGCCACGGCUUUUCGGCCGGGAAGGGCGACGGAGGGAAAGGCGAGACGACCACCGCCACCCCGCGGCGUCCAGACCUCGACCUGGGCUACGAGCCGGAGGGCAGCGCUUCCCCGACGCCGCCUUACCUGCGAUGGGCAGAGUCCUUGCACUCCUUGCUGGACGACCAAGACGGCAUCCACCUUUUCCGGACCUUUUUGAAGCACGAGAGCUGUGCAGAUUUGUUGGACUUCUGGUUUGCCUGCAGCGGCUUCAGGAAGCUGGCGCCCUGCGACUCCAAGGAGGAGAAAAGGUUAAAGCUGGCCAAAGCCAUUUACAAGAAAUACAUUCUUGAUAAUAACGGGAUCGUGUCCCAGCAGGUCAAGCCAGCCACUAAAAGCUUCAUCAAAGAUUGUGUUCUGAAGCAACUUAUUGACCCGGCCAUGUUUGACCAGGCCCAGACGGAAAUCCAGUCCAUGAUUGAAGAGAAUACCUAUCCCUUGUUCCUGAAGUCGGAUAUUUAUUUGGAGUAUACAAGGACAGGUGGGGAGAGCCCAAAAGUGCACAGCGAUCAGAGUUCAGGGUCCGGGACAGGGAAGGGGCUGCCUGGGUACCUGCCCACCUUGAAUGAGGAUGAGGAGUGGAAAUGUGACCAAGACAUCAUGGAAGGAGAGGAGGGGCAGGUGGCAGCUGAUCCGGAGUCUGCCUCCUCCAGCAGAUUCACCCAGAAGCUCCUUCUGGAGACAACCAGCCAGCCAGCCCCCAGGACCAGGCAUUACAGCGAGGGGAGGGAGUUCAGGCCUGGGCCUUGGAGGGAGACAGGGCAUUCGUAUUAUGUCAACACCGGCUAUGCCCUGGCACCAGCCACCAGCGCCAAUGACAGUGAGCAGCACAGCAUGUCCAGUGAUGCUGACACCAUGUCACUGACUGAUAGCAGCCUAGACGGGGUUCCCCCUUACCGGCUGCGGAAGCAGCAUCGUAGAGAGAUGCAAGAAAGCGCCAAAGCAAAUGGACGUGUGCCACUACCUCACAUUCCGCGAACUUACCGAAUGCCAAAGGACAUCCAUGUUGAACCCCAGAAAUUUGCUGCCGAACUGAUUAACCGCCUCAAGGAAGUGCUGAGGGACCGGGAAGCAGAGGCCAAGCUGGAGGAACGCCUGAAACGCGUCCAAGCCGAGGAAGAAGGGGAAGACGCAGACCUCCCCUUGGGUCCGUCCCUCAUGAACCACAAGCUGGUCCCCACACAGCUCUUGCCCCACUUUGCUCCCCGCUAUGCUGAGCUGCAGGUGCGCGAUGCUCACGAAGAGAACCCCGAGACCAUUCUGGACGAGCACGUGCAGCGAGUGAUGAAAACUCCCGGCUGCCAAUCCCCCAAACCCCGAUCUCCAGACAGUGGGCUUGUUGGCAAGCUGCAUGGACUGACGGGGUCUAUCCCACUGGGCCACAGCAAGCAUGCCAGCAAGUCCGGACUGAAGCUGGAGACCUCCAACCUUUAUCACCACAAACAUGUUUAUCACCAUGUGGUCCAUCACCAUGCCGGACUGAAAGCCAAGGAGACAGCGGAAGAAGCGACCAGCCAGCGCAUGCAGGGCCCUUUCUCCUGGAGUGUGGACCCUCACAGCUGUACCACCAAGUCCCGGGCCUACGGGGAGAGCAUGGGCCUGGCCCCAGGCCCUCUGGAUGCCAUGGCCUACAGUGGGAAAGCUGGCUUGCUCGCCAAGCGGAGUGCCAAGAAGUCAGAUCCUGGGAAAAAUGAAGGUGCCAGCUACGAUGUGCCUGGGUCUCCAGAAGACCUGGAAAGGAACCAGAAGAUCAUGCAGUGGAUCAUAGAAGGUGAAAAGGAGAUCAGCAGGCAUCGGAAGACGACCCACAGCUCAUCGGGUACAAAGAAGCAACUGGCUCACGAGCCACCCCGCCCGGUUCCCAUCGAUCGCCCUAUGGCUGUGCACCCCUGGAUCUCAUUCCGAAAUGUUGUGCAGCCAUCCCACCCUUUCAUCCAGGACCCAACCAUGCCCCCCAACCCUGCUCCCAACCCUCUGACACAGCUGGAGGAAGCCCGACGGCGAUUGGAGGAGGAGGAGAAGAGAACUGGCAAGCCAGCUGCCAAGCAGAGAAUGAAGGCACCCAAGAGAUUGGGCGGCGGUUUCUCCCAGCCCUGUGAGAAUAUUGUGGUGGCGUAUUACUUCUGUGGAGAGCCGAUCCCCUACCGCACCCUUGUCAAAGGCCGGGUGGUCACGCUGGGCCAGUUCAAGGAACUGCUGACCAAGAAGGGGAAUUACAGGUAUUACUUCAAGAAAGUCAGUGAUGAGUUUGACUGUGGAGUUGUGUUUGAAGAAGUUCAAGAGGAGGAUGCAGUCCUGCCUAUCUUUGAAGAGAAGAUAAUUGGGAAGGUAGAGAAGAUUGAUUAACCCGGGUGAGCCAAAAGGUCUGGCAGCCAUAGCGCUCUUCCUUGCUGCUUGUCUUCUCUGAGGAAGCCACAACUUUCUCCACACCAUAUAGGAUCUUCAGCUUGCUGGGUUACAACAUUACACAGCUAUUGACAGAAGCUGCACCAAAGGCUGUCUUUGAGAUGAUCCCGGGUUUGCAAUAUUACGGCCAUGCCACCUCCACCAUGGGACGGUGGGCCAAGCCAGAAGCUGGAGACCCUUGUGGGAGGCAGACUGAACAAGGUGUUGGUUUGCAUUUUAAAUAGCCUUGGAAUGAGGCCUACUUGAUGAGAGUUGCACCUUGUCACACCUGGUGUGUUCCCCUCGUAGGUCUUCCUAUUCAGAUGCUGUCGAGGGGCAGAGGAAGACUCCAAGAUGCUUAGGACCACCCCAUGCCUUGCUACCUCUCUCAUUUUCUUGCCAUUCUACAGCUGGAGGAGGGGGGGGAGAGUGGGCUUAUGGCAGAAGUAGAUGUCUCUUCUGCUUGCUGAACUGUGUACUUCUCCUGCCUGUCAGUCUUCCUGUUUCACUGACCUCCCCCAUGCUACACACACACACACAACCUGGGCUCCACAUAUCCAUGGCAGAGGAGGUGGAGCAGCCCUCAAGACUGCCCCCACCAGCACCUGCCCCUUGCAAAUGUCACCGAGUGCCUUCCAACCUCAUGCUUGCUUGCUCCCUUCCUGGUUUGGGUUCUGGCCUUGGGGUUGUGUUCCGCAUCGGAUGGACAUUUUAAUGUGUAGUGCCCGGCUGGAGCCGGAUCUUCAUUUCCCCUUUUUCUGAAGGGUUCAGUUGUAGAUAUGUACAUUUUCUAAACAAGGCUCAGGCCUCAGCGGCUGAGCAAAUGGCUGGCAAUUCUGGAACUUUUUUUUCACGUUGACUUGUAUUGAUUGAUCUUUUUACAGGUACAACAAUGGAAUAAAGGCCCAUGUUCCAAUGGUU